CCUCAACAUUACAAAUGCUCUACUACAUAGGUUGCAUUCAAUAUUUUGUCUUUCGUAUCAAAUCUGAAAACAAACAUGAUCUCAUCUUAGAAAUUUAGCAUCUUCCAAAUUUGCACUUAAACCUGAACUGGUUCACGGAAUCAUCAUCUUCUAGCAUUGCUUCUUCUAGAUGUGCAAUUUUCAGAGUAAAUGCGAAUUUGUCAGCUCUUUUAUUUCCACAGUUCUUUUAAUUUAUUUUUGGUCAUUAACCAAUAACUGUUGCUCUAAUUCAUCCCAACUGUUUUCUUGUUUAAGAUAAAUGUGGAUUUAACGUUAGAGUGGUUCAUUGUGUUGAGCUAUGCAAAGGUUUCUCUUCAAGAGAAUCCAAAAACCCCUCCAAAACCUUGCACUUUGUGCAAAUUAUAUUACUACAACUAUCCCAACUCAUAACAAUACCAAUGCCACAACAAUUCCUCAUGUUGAAACUUCAGACUCAUGGGCAAGUAUCAUUUUUGACCUUGCUCAAUGUGGCACCAGAACUGGGCAUGCCCUAUUUGAGGCAUCUCACAUGCUCAUCUCUGGUACCAAACCAAAUGGGUACUUGUUUGUUCAGAUGGUCAGAGCUUCAGCCAACCUGGGCUGGGAUUUCUUCAGCUUGCAACUUCAUAGCUACAUCUUACGAUCUGGGUUUUGCUCCAAUGUUUUUGUCUCCACUGCUCUGAUCAAUUUUUAUAUUGGAAUCGGCUCAUUGAGUGAUGCUCACCAGGUGUUUGUUGAAAUUCCUCAACCAAGUGUAGUUUCUUGGAAUUCUUUGAUUUCUGGAUACGUGCAUUCUGGGCAGUUCUGUAAAGCGUUGAGUUUGUUUCUUCAGCUGGAAAGGUCUGAAGUUUCUGUAGAUUCAUAUUCGUUAACUGCGGCCUUAGGUGCAUGUGGCCAACUGAGCUUUCUGCUGCUUGGCAAGACAGUUCACUCAAAGACUGUGAAACUAGGUUUGGAAAAUAGCACUGUUGUUUUGAAUUGUUUGAUUGACAUGUAUGGGAAAUGUGGAUCACUUCAGGAGGCAAUCCUUGUGUUCAAUAACAUGAUAGAAAAGGAUACUAUUUCGUGGAAUUCCGUAAUAGCGGCAAGUGCAAGAAAUGGAAGCUUACAACAAGCAUUCAGUUUUUUGCAGCAGAUGCAUAACCCUGAUAUAAUCUCAUACAAUGAACUGAUAAAUGGCUUUUCGCGGUUUGGAGAUGUAGAAGAUGCUAUUAAACUUCUAUUCAGUAUGCCAAAUCCAAAUUCAUCUUCCUGGAAUUCGAUAAUUACAGGAUAUGUAAACAGGAGUCGAGCACGAGAAGCUUUGGAUUUCUUCUGCAAAAUGCACUUGGAAAAUGUAGAAAUGGAUCAAUUCACGUUUUCAAGCAUUUUAAGUGGAGUUGCAGGUAUUUCGGCUUUAACGUGGGGCAUGCUAAUCCAUUGUUGCACCAUAAAAUUUGGUUUGGCUACAUCAAUUGUGGUUGGUAGUUCUUUGAUUGACAUGUACUCCAAAUGCGGGAAGAUAAGCGAUGCUGAAACAAUCUUCCAUUUACUUCCAGAGAAGAAUUUGGUGACAUGGAAUUCAAUGAUCUCUGGCUUUUCUUGGAACGGUAACCCUUCAAAGAUGAUGCUCCUUUUCGAGCAGAUGAAAAUGGAGAGAGAUGUCAAGCCUGAUGAGAUCACAUUCCUUAAUGUUAUAUCUGCAUGUUUACAUAAUCAAAUUCCAUUCGAGAACGCACUUCAGUACUUUGAAUCAAUGAUCAAAGAGUAUGGGAUUGAGCCGACUCUUGAGCACUGUUGUUCUAUGAUUCGGCUAAUGGGGCAGAGAGGGGAGGUGUGGAGAGCAGAGAACAUGAUAUUCCAGCUCGGUUUUGGGACAUGCGGAUCAGUUUGGAGGGCACUGCUCGGUGCUUGUGGAAAGUGUAGAGAUUUGAAAGUGGCCAAAAAUGCAGCUGCAAAGGUGAUACAGUUAGAAGGUGAAGAUGAAUUUGUUUAUGUUACGAUGUCUAACUUGUAUGCACACUAUGCAAAGUGGGAAGAUGUGAGGGUAGCGAGGAAGCUGAUGAAGGAGAAAGGAAUGAGAAAGGAAGCUGGUUAUAGUUGGAUUGAAAGGGAAAAUGUUAUCUCAAAUUCUGAAUUACAAUAAAGAUUGAUUUCAGCUUAAGUAGUUGAGAUCCCAAAUUUGUUCGA